AUGUCUGUUGCCGCGCUCAUGUUGUUCUGCAUGCUUUGGAAAAUGUCCAACAUCAGCACAGUGUUCUUGUCGAGGUCGUUGAUGAGCGAUUCCGUGAUGACAACAUGUAUGUACGACAUUUCCUCAGGAGCUUCUUUUAUCAUUUUCUGUCUUAACUGGUUGAUGCUGGUGAAUGUGUUUUGGACCAAGGCUAACGACUCUUACAUUGUUUCCAGCUGGUUCUGCAUAAUGACUUCCAUAUUUUGUGUGUUGUGUUUGUUGGUGAAGCCGAUGAGUUUGCUGUGGGAUUUUAUAAUGGAGUAUUGUGGUUGUUGGAUGGUAUUAAUUAGGGACAAUUGA